AUGAUGGAACAGUUGAAUUAUUUACUGGAGACGUCACCAUCACUGAGAACAAACUUUCUCCAAGGUGCUUUGGAACAGUGUGUGCCUUCCUUGGAACUGGUCAACAGAAAGCUGCCCUUUGGCCUGGCUGAAACUGGUGUGUGUUUCCCAGCACUCUCUUGUGGUUUGCCCGAUGCUGUCACCCUGACCUCUCUAGUGUGGUUCUGUUCUCCUCAUACAUCCUCGCAGUGGUUGGAUUUCUGGGCACGACAAAGGCUUCGGUGGUGGAAAAAGUUUGCUCUCUCCCCAUCAGAUUUCACCAGCAGUGAUGUUCCUGAGCAGGACCUAGAACUACCAGCAUCACGAGGAGUCAAAAUAUUUUAUAAUUUUCCAUGGGGUUCAAAGCCAAUAGAAACAAUGUGGAGCAGAGGAGACUCUGAACUACUUCAAGCACACAACCUGGUUCGCUCAAAACUUCAGUGUCGAGAUGGCCGAAAGUCCAUUCCACAUGUUGUCACAGUAACAGCAAACAUGGACGAAGGUGUCAUUGCUUUUCUGUUCAACUCACUGCAGAAAAGAGAGGGUAGCGAGAGGAAUCUGCAUCAGAGGAAGGUGCUUAAGUUGCAUCCUGUCUUGGCUCCAGUCAAAGUGGCUUUGGAUCUUGGCAGGGGAUCCACAGUUGAGCUACGACAGGUUUGUGAAGGCCUACAACAAGAGUUGCUUGAUUCAAAGAUUUCUACAUGGCCUGGUUAUCUUGAAGCUAUGUCAACAUCAAUGGAACAGCUCAAUGCUAGAUAUGAUGAAAUGGGGGUGUUGUUUAGCACUAUAUUAAAUGAAAGCACUUUGGAAAACGGACUUCUUCAAAGUCUGUACUCCUUUCUGAUUGGCUGGACUGGUGGUCCCUGUGCUAGCUUAGCUAAAUUGCACCUCUUUAGCUCAGACAUGGCCGGAGAAAAGCUAAACGAUGUGAAAGUUCCACUAUCGGAUGAAAAUAAAGAAAAUCAUCAAGAAGGUUUCCUGGGAUUGGAGAUCCUGCAAAUUAUUAAGGAGUCACAGCAGCAGCAUGGCCUUAGACAUGGGGAUUAUCAGAGAUACAGGGGAUACUGUUCCCGAAGGAUGCGUAGAUUACGCAAGACUCUUGGAUUUAAGAUGGGAAAUCGACAUAAGUUUGUGGGAAAGAAGAUUACAGUUGAAAUGCUCUCUGACAGCAGAUACCUUUUGAUAGUCCUGAUGGAAGCUGAACGGGCAUGGAGUUAUGCCAUGCAAUUGAAACAGGAGGCUAAUACAGAACCGAGAAAGCGUUUCCAUCUGCUAGCAAGGUUGCGCAAGGCUGCCAAGCACAGUGAAAGACUGGAGAAGCUGUGUGAAAGCCCUCGUGUUGAUGCAAAGACUAAACUAGAAGCACAAGCCUACACAGCAUAUCUCUCGGGCAUGGUUGAAUUUGAAUUGCAAGAGUGGAAGCGUGCCAUGGAGGCUUUCAAUAAGUGCAAGACAAUCUAUAAAAAGCUCGCCAGUGCUUUUACUGAAGAGAUGGCUCUCCUGUAUCGCCAGCGUGUAGACGAAAUCUCUCCUAACAUUCGAUACUGUGCUUAUAACAUUGGGGACCAGAAUGCCAUCAACGACUUGAUGCAGAUGAGACUGACCGGAGGCGGUGGAGGCAUGAUGGCUGAAAAACUAGAGGCUCUAAUCACCCAGGCCAGGACUAAGCAAGCAGCCACCAUGAGUGAGGUGGAAUGGCGAGGAAGGAUUGUUCCGGUCAAGAUUGACAAGGCCCGCAUCUUCUUGCUGGGCCUGGCAGACAAUGAGGCAGCCAUUGCUCAGGCAUCUAAUGAGGAAACCAAAGAACAUCUCUAUGAAACUUUGUUGGCUGAGUGCAGAGACACCAUUCAGGCUGUAAAAGAAGAAUUGAAAACUGAAGCGAAGCAAAGAGAAAGAGGCUCUGAAGUUGAAAGUGGAAAGGUGUCCAACAUGCAGUUUUUGCAUAGUUAUUUGUCCUAUAUCAAGCUGUGUACUUUGGUAAAAAGAAAUGAGAGCAUGGCUCACACACUGCAGGCCAAACUGAAGGAGCCUCAGACUGACGACAAGAGAGGCCCUCGCCCGCAGGACCUCAUUCGCCUGUAUGACAUUAUCCUGCAGAGUUUGGCCGAGCUCUCGACUCUGCAGGGACUCGAGGAUGACCACACUUUUCAAAAGGAGGUGUCUCUGAAGACGCUGGUUUAUAAGGCUUACAGAUGUUUCUUCAUAGCGCAGUCUUAUGUGCUGGUAAAAAAAUGGAGCGAGGCGCUGGUUCUGUAUGAAAGAGUGCUUAAAUAUGCCAAGGAGGUCCAGUCAAAGGCUAAAGGCUUAAACAACAGUCUAAAGGAUUUGCCAGAUGUCCAAGAACUUAUUGCAGAAGUCAAUGCAGAAAAAUACUCUCUUCAAGCUGCUGCUAUUUUAGAUACAGAUGAAAAUGCGGAAGCUCCAUCUCAGCCACAGGUUAAGGACACUACGCCCCUGUGUGAUCGCCUGGACUCAUUCCGCCUCGACACUUCUCUAGUUGGGAAACAACCCAAUCUGGUGCAUUUCCCUCCUGAUUUUCAGCCUAUCCCAUGCAAGCCGCUGUUUUUCGAUCUUGCCCUUAAUCACGCAGCCUUCCCACCACUGGACGACAAAGUUGAGCAGAAAGGCAAGGGCGGCCUGACGGGAUACUUCAAGAACAUCUUUGGCUUUGGCAGCUAA